AUGAAGCAUCAAGGCUCUGUUGCAAUCCACUGGUUCCCUUAUAAAAGUAACCUGAAACAGAAAAAGCAUCAUCCACCAUCAUCUCCUUUAAUGUUCAAGAGCCCAGUGGCUGCAUCAUGUCUGCUGGGCACAACAGCAGACUUUGAGCAAUAUGGAACCAGUGGAGCAGGGAAGCAAAGUGGCAGUUCCCAGUUAGCCAGGAAAAACCAAUGUGUGUCUGGUGUCACUGUGCAACUGGAAAUGAGGAGUCUUUGGGAGGAGUUCAACAGCCUUGGCACCGAGAUGAUUGUCACCAAGGCAGGACGGAGGAUGUUUCCCACCUUCCAGGUGAAGAUAUCAGGCAUGGACCCUUUGGCUGACUAUGUGCUUCUAAUGGAUUUUGUCCCUUUGGAUGACAAGAGAUACCGGUAUGCAUUCCACAGUUCUGCUUGGCUGGUAGCUGGCAAGGCGGAUCCUGCUACACCUGGCCGGGUUCACUUCCAUCCUGAUUCCCCUGCCAAGGGAGGCCAGUGGAUGAGGCAAAUUGUUUCUUUUGACAAGCUCAAGCUCACCAACAACUUGAUGGAUGACAACGGCCAUAUCAUUCUGAACUCCAUGCACAGAUACCAGCCCCGUUUCCAUGUGGUGGUGGUGGACCCACGUCCAGACAGUGAGCGUUAUGCCCAGGAGAAUUUCAAAUCUUUCAUCUUUACAGAGACACAAUUUAUGGCAGUGACCGCCUAUCAGAACCAUCGGAUCACCCAGCUGAAAAUUGCUAGUAACCCCUUUGCUAAAGGUUUCCGGGAGUGUGAGCCGGAUGACUGGUAA